AUGAGGCAGCAGGAGUCGAACACACUGCACACCCUCAACCUCAGCUGGUCAGCAGGGCAACCUGCAGAUUACAGACAAACACGCAGCUGCAUCGCCAGCAGCAGCAGCAGCAGGGAGGAGAGAUGUGGCUUGGGAUCAGCUGCACUUCUUGGCAGAGAUCAUGCACACCGCGAAGAAGAACAGAUGUACAGACACCUGAAUCCGCUGCAGCAGCAAGGAACCACCCCCAACUGCGCGCUCAAUGCAACAAAUUCACAAACCCUAAAACCUUGCAGCUCGCACUACAAAUGCACAGCUUGCGGACAGGCUCAGGAGAAAGUGCAGCAGCAACAAGAACACACACUGGGCUUCCCUGCCCACGACCCCUGCAGCAGCUGUUUGCAUGAGACCCACGGAGGCAUAUCCGCGGCGCCUACAGCCUCAAGCCACUCUGCUGAAGCAGCAGUCGGAUAUUACUCGCUUUCUGAUGCUUCCGCUGCUGCAACGCUGCACAGAAAGACGAACUACGGAGAAGACAAAGACGCAAGGCAUGCAGCAGCAGCAGCAGCAGCUGCUGCUGCUGCUGCUGCUGCUGCAACAACGGCACCAUCGGCCCGUCCUGGGAACUGGGAGGCUCACCACGCAAGCAGAAUCAGCACUAACGUAGACAGCGAGACCUCAGAGAAUAUGCUCUGUGCAAAGGGGGCCCCCAGAGGAACAACGAAUUCGUCUUCCCUUGAGGGGCCCCCAUCGAACCCCGGUGAGUUGAGUAGCCGGGCUGCCCAGGGCGGCCUGCAUCGCAGGCCUUGUGGGGCGCUGCAUACAGAUGCAGCAGCAUCAUCAGCAUAUCAUGCUGCAGCAAACAAAGAUGAACGCGGCCCCCUUCCCCAGCACAGGGGAAAGGAUGGCCUUGUGCGCGCUGCAGCGCUCCGACAAACCUCUACAGCGUCGUUCCGUGGCAACUACAGCAGGAGCAGCAGCAGCGUUACAGCAGCAGCGGCAGGGCAGCACUGCGCAGCAUACCGCAGCCUGUCCGCAUCAGCAGCAGCAGCGUUACAGCAGCAGCGGCAGGGCAGCACUGCGCAGCAUACCGCAGCCUGUCCGCAUCUGCCCCCAUACCUGAUCAAUAUACUGCCUCUGCCAGCAGGCCAGCGCCUACACGCAUGA